UGCGCUCGUUAGUAAUCUCGUGUUUAUACGGUGGAUAAUAAUAGUUUUUUUUUUUUCUAAGGAAAUAAACAGCGGCUCAAAGCGGGGAUUGAACAGGGGGAGGUGUUCUAGGAGAAAAGUCGCUGCGCGCGGUGCAAUUUUCCCGUUCCGCCAGCUGAACUUGAACUUGUGAUACUCGUGUGCUCGAAUAUAGUGCUGAUGUUGUUUCGACUGAAGGGAAUCGAAUAAUAAGCUGUUGUUUUUGGUGCUUUUCCAGCCGGAAGUUUACGCAUCAAAAAUAUAUGUUUGAAAAAAUAAAUUGGGGAAGAGUGGAGAAAUCAUGCGUAUCAACAAGUUCUACUGUGUGGCAAGUUUAGGGGUGAUUCUGGCGCUGGUUGGAGCAUUCUUUGCCAUCUUCUGGGGCCACAUUCUGGAUGCGAUUGUGAUAAAGGAAAAAGCCAUCAACCCGACGUCCAAUGCGUUCAAAAUGUGGCGACGGCCGCCGUUCCAUCCCACCUGGGAGAUCACCCUGUUCAACUGGACCAACGCCGAAGAUUUCAUCCAGAGCCGGGCUCGGAAGCCUGCCUUCAGUGAAGUUGGUCCCUUCGUGUAUUCAGAAUCUACUGAAAAGGUGGACAUCCGGUUCAACACCAAAAACGGAACCGUCAGCUUCCGGCGUCGAAGCACAUUUACGCUGGAUAAGCGGAGAACGCAUGCGUCCCUGGAUGAGCCGGUGACGAAUAUCAAUGUGGUGUCCCUGUCGGCGGCCAAUAGGGCCCACUAUUGGGGUUACGCGGCCCAGCGAGGGAUUUCAUUUGCCCUGUUCACCUACCGGCAGGGCGUUGUGGUUACCAAAACUGCCAGUGAGCUGAUGUUCGAAGGCUACCCGGAACCGAUGAUCGAUCGGGCCACCGAGAUUAUGAAGUUUAUUGGGGAGGAAAUUCCGUUCGAGGGACGCUUCAGUUGGUUCCACACGAUCAAUGCGUCGAAGAAAGCGUACGGAGUCUUCAAUAUGGACAUUGGGAAAGACGAUUCCAGUAAGUAUGGGAUGAUCAAAGCUUGGAACUAUAAAACUCAAGCCCCGUUUGCCGAUGGCGAGUGUGGGAAGUUCCGUGGGUUCAACGGGGAAAUUUUUCCUACCAAACUCCGGAAGGAUCAGCCGUUGAAGAUUUUCACGCCCGAAAUGUGUCGAAUGGUCUCGUUCGAGUUUGAACAGGAAGAGGACGUUCAUGGAGUUAUCGGUUACCGAUUCGUAGGAAAUGCUCGAACCGUGGAUAACGGAUCUCUGUACGCUGAAAACCAGUGUAAUCAUGGAGGAGAAUUCAUGCCAUCGGGACUGAUCAACAUAACCGAAUGUCGACUGGGAGCUCCGUUCUACAUUUCGUUCCCCCACUUCUAUCAGGCUGAUCCGUUCUACAAAAGCCAUGUCCAAGGGAUGAAUCCGGACAAGGAGCGGCACCAGUUCUUCAUCACCAUCGAGCCGACCACCGGGAUCGUGCUGCGAGCUUCGGCCAAGUUCCAGAUAAAUCUGCUCCUACAGCCGUACUCUGCCAUUGCGCUGUACCAAGACGUGCAACGCUCCUACAUUCCGGUGCUUUGGUUUUCGCGAAGUUUCGACCUAUCCCGCGAGGAGGUGCACAAGCUCAAGGGUCUAAUCAACGUGGCUGAUCUCGGCUAUAUCGGAGGUUUCGCGGUGGCCGUCAUCGGGCUGCUGAUGACUUUCUUGGCAAUAGGCCUGAGUUUUGCUUUCAAAUCGAGUCAGCGGAAGCAGGUGCAGCACCAGCAGAACCCUACGCAGAACGGGGGCGAUUCCCGGGGAGACUAUCAACCGGUUCAGAAUGGGACCGGUAGCAAGGGUCCCAAAGAUCGAAUACAGAUGUGA